AUGCAAGAGGUUGAAGUGGCUCCACGAGAUGUUUAUAUACAUACUGUUAAUGUACCUCAAGGCAAUACGAUCACUUGGCAGUUUUCUACCAAAAAGAAAAAUAUUUCGUUUGGCUUGUUUCAAAAAACUUCAACAACAAACAACAUUUCCAAUGCCUCAUUAACAACAACCGGUGCCCCUUUAGAACCUUUAUUAUCUCCGGCUUCACCCUUUAGGCCCUCGACUCCCACCUCUCUUAAAGCCGGAAGAACAGUUAGCUAUUAUAGUCUCGCAAGCCCUGCGAGUAGAACUUCCUUUGAAACUAUUGAUACAGAAGAGGCUGAGGAUGAGAGUGGAAGUACCUCAUUUGGAGCUUCGUUCCCCGAGGCGAGCUCUACUUCAUUUCAUUCCCAUCAAAGCAGUUCUGGAAAAAGUAGUCGCAAGAAAUUAGCGCCCCUACAAAUCUUAAAAGAUCCUGAUCUGAAAGAAAUAUUGCCGAUCGCACAUUAUAACUCUGCUACCUCUACUAUCAAAGGCAGUUUUCAAGUCGAAGAAGAGGGAACAUAUUGCUUAUGUUUUGAUAAUUCAUUUUCCCGCAAUACGUCAAAAGUGGUGACCUUUUUCGUAGCAUUAAAAGGUUCCAACGAUAUUGAAGAAACCGAAAAUAAACCGGAAAUUUCUGGAUGGCUGUUGAAAAAGAAACGUAAAAAAAUGCAAGGUUGGGCUAAACGUUGGUUUGAGGUACAUGAUGGUGUAAUGUCUUACUAUCAACACCCGCAAGCUCCCUGUAGAGGCACGAUUCACAUUGAACAAUCUGCGGUAUCGUCAAACCAGACAUUUCGCUCGAUAAAUAUGGACUCUGGAACGGCUACUUAUCAAUUGAAAGCCUUAACAGAUGUAGACUUCGAUAACUGGAUGACAAUCAUCAGAAAAUAUGUUAAACAAUCAAAAGAACGUCAAUUAAUUGACCCUGAUUAUCCAAAGACUUUGACAUCUCCGCGCCAAUCUGUGGAAUUAACCAAACGUCAAAGUGUGUAUAAACGACAAACCGCGUUUGAAAAACGGCAGAGUAAUUACAGAGGGGAUGCACAAAGCCUAUUUAGAAUAAGUCGAGCUGACAGCGACGAUGUCACAAAAAUCUAUGAAUCAUUUAAAAGUAUGGAUCAAAGUUUUCGAAGCAUAAAAGAGCUAUUAGAAAUUCUCAAGCAUACUACUGAGCCACAUCUCUCUCCUAAUUCGCAAACACGUUCGCCGAAUAAUAAUGAUGGAAAAUUUCGAUUAAAAAAAUUUCCCAUCUCGCUGCAAAGAGCUACAACAUUACCAGCUGAACUUAGCUCACAACAGCAAUUAACACCAAAUCCUUUUAAUAUGUCUAUGGAACAAUUAUACGAAAAAAUAUAUACGUCCUUUUCUGCUUUGAUAGCUGAUAAAGAAAAAGCGUUGGAAUUAUUUAAAGCUGAGGCGGAGAAAUGGAAAAAAUUGGAUAAUGCAUAUCGUAUUAUGCUUGCAGAGCAGGAAAAUCAUCAUAAAGGAUCAUCAUCUGAUUCCAAUAAAGUUUCUGAUGAAAAGAAAAAAACAGGUUUUAUUCAAGAUAAUGGAAUUAUUGAGAACUCGAAUCAUGCGGAAGUUGAGGAACAAAUUAUCGAGCGUGCACAAUCGUUAACUUCAUUGACUGCUCCAGAUGUAUUUUUUGAUGCUGAAGAUAUCGUAUUAAGUGCUGACUCAUUAAAUGGAGAUAGUGAUGCUGACGCUGUUGAAGUAUUUGAUGAGGAAAGCGAAGAAGAUGUAGUGCUAAUAAAAGAUAUUAUCGAGGAAAUUGAAAUUCCUAUUACUACUACUAACGAGGACCAUGCACUUACUAGAACAAUCAGUUUUCGUCGAAGAAAACAUUUGCCUUCUCCUAUAUGUGGAGAUGAUGUCAGUCUCUUAUCUAUUCUUCGAAAAAAUGUCGGCAAGGAUCUAGCAACCAUCGCAAUGCCUAUUUCUCUUAACGAGCCAAUCAAUGUUCUUCAACGCUUAGCUGAAGAAUUAGAGUACAGCGAGUUAUUAGAUAAGGCCGCAGAAAAUGUUUCAUCAUUGAAUCGAUUAAUGUAUGUGUCUGCAUUUGCUGUUUCUGGAUAUGCAUCAACCCAACAUCGGGCUGGUCGAAAACCUUUUAAUCCACUGCAUGGUGAAACAUACGAAUGUGUUCGGCCUGAUAAAGGCUUCAAAUUUAUUUCCGAGAAAGUUAGUCAUUAUCCACCAAUUAUGGCCUGUCAUGCCGAAUCCGCAAAUUGGAAAUUCUGGCAAGAUUCAAAAAUUAAAAGCAAAUUCUGGGGUAAAUCUAUGGAAUUAAUACCGUCAGGAACUGUACAUGUGACUAUCCCCAAAUAUAAUGAUCAUUUUACCUUUACGAAACCUUCCACAUGGAUGCGUAACAUGAUAUCUGGCACUAAGUACCUAGAGCAUACCGGAGUAUUACGAAUUCAAAAUCAAACCACCGGUGAAGCUUGUGAAAUCACCUUCAAUCAAAGUGGAUUUUUUAGUAAUGGCCCUCAAAAUGACAUAGCAGGGAAAUUAUUAUCAGCAAAUGGCAAAAAAGUUGGAACACUUACUGGCCGCUGGAAUGAAACAGUAUUUCAUGAAAUUGGACCAAAUCAACUGGAAGUUCUCUGGAAAGCAAAUCCACCGAUACCCGAUUACGAACAGUAUUACGGCUUUACACAGUUUACCAUCGAACUGAACGAACUAACACCGGAUAUUGUUGACUUCUUGCCGAUUACAGAUACGCGGUUUCGGCCAGAUCAAAGAUUGUUUGAGGAAGGAAAAGUUGAGGAGGCUGAACGAGAGAAAUUACGCGUUGAGCAGAAACAACGAGAUUUCCGGAAACAUUUAGAAAAGAUCGGGCAGGAAUGGAAGCCACAGUGGUUUAAGUUAGUGAAUGAUGAAUGGGUUUAUACUGGUGGAUAUUUUGAAGCACGCGAGAAAAAGAUGUUUGAGAAAAAAAUUGAAUUAUGGUAA